UCCUACGAGAAGAUCGCGAGUGAUCAUGCAGUUGAAUUUAAUCGUAAUUUUUGCGAUCGUGGGAUUUAUAGGGGUGUCUGCAGUGUCCCAUCAUCAGCUUCCUUUUCAUCAUGUUCUUCGGAGUAUGUCAGAGGACUCCUUUUCAGUGUACAAUGUGACCUUAACAACUAAGAGUGGGAUUGUUAAGUCAAGCUUUGAGAGCAAAGUUGAAGUUUUAAUGAAGAUGAUCAUUAGACCAUAUAAGAAUAGCACAAUCCAUGUGAGGGUUGAAGAGGAAAAAGGAACUGCAACCAAUGAAAAUAUUUACUCAAGUCCACCGGAUGAGUUAUUCGAUCGUAUCGAACCUCUGCAGAAUUUUAAGAAUUUUGAAUUUCUCCUCACCCAAAAAGGACAAUUAAUUCUUCGAAAGGAUGAAAAGGAUAUAAAUGCCAGGAAAGCCAUAGCGAGUCUCUUACUUUUUGAUUGGAAAGCUCUCCCAGAAAAGUCAAAAUCCUACAAUUUUCACUUUCUACGAGCUAUCUAUGGAGACUGCUAUGCAACGACCUCGGUUAAGUGGGACAAGGAACUUCAAAUUGAACAAAAUUACUAUCCCAAUCAUUGCUAUGACUUCCAGAAAAUAGCCUUCAAUACCGACGAUGCAAAUGUUGCGUACAAAACUGAAGCUUUGCAUAUGAAAAAUCACCGAAAAUUUUAUUUUAGUCAAAAUCCUGGGAAAUAUUUUCUCAAGAAGCUUGAAGCGAAACAAUACAUUUUCCUAUCAACUGGACAAUCGAAUGAUAUUGAACACUUCUUGCAUACUUUCUACGACAUUCAGCACGAUGAAGAGGCUGAAAUUGCAACGGAAAGUCCUUCUGAACAAUUAUUUGAUUUUGCAUCUCUUCAUGACAUAAUGAUUACACCCUUAGUGGAUACCCUGUUAGUUAAUGAGAGCUACAAGGAUGUUGUAUCCUUCCCAGAUGAAGGUAUAACCAAAGAAGAAAUGUACCAAGAAAUUGAAGGUAUUUUAAAGCACGUGGCGGGAAUUAAUGAAGCUGAAAUAGUUCAAGAUCCUUAUUCAGAUAUCGUGGAGCGGACAGUUAAUAAAGGGACUACCAACGCUUUGGACUACAUGAAAUUAUUCACAACUGAAGAUUUCUCUGUGAUUUACCAAAGAGCGUUGAACAACAAAGAAAAUGGGAAAAUAUUGGAAACUUUCUUAGAGCUUCUUCCUCUGGUUGGAAGUCCUUCCGCGACGAUUUUCACGACAAAACUCAUAAUGGAACCAAAACUAGAGCUGAAUCGUGAGAAAAUGCUUUCAAAGCUCACAGAAAGUAUCAGACAUAUUAAUUUUGAAGCUCUUGAUUAUCUUAAAAGACUCACAAUGAUGAAGGAUGCUCCUUCAGGAGCUUUUUUGGCAUACAGUGCAGCUCUUUUUGUGUUGCAUAAAAAGAUUCCGGAUGAGUGUGUGGAUUCUGCGACAAAUUCUUCAAAUAUAAAGCUUCCUUUCGGGGAUUGUUAUCUGUGGGAAAAAGGAUUAGAAUAUUAUAACAAAGGCUUAUAUUACUUUAAGGAAAGGCUCACCAAGUCUGAGGAUUAUGCUGAACAAGUUGAAAUAAUUCAAGCACUUGGGAAUCUUCAAGAUUACAAAAUAUCCUUCAUCCUUUCAAAUUACAAUACAACCAAUGAAGAUCUAAUGAUUCACAUUAUGUCUGCCAUUGCAAAAACAUCCUUUGGCCACCAAGAUAUCAUUCAUUACUUUCAGGAUAUCAUUAUGCAGGAUUUACCAACGGAAGUGAGAGCUUUUGCAUUGAGCUUAAUCAUAAAAAAAUAUCGUGGAAAUCAGAGUUUGAACUUUGAUAUGCUGGCCAGAAGACUUCAUGAAGAUAAAGAUCAUGAGCUUUACAAUAUGUUUGUAUCAUCAGCUCAAAUCCUCAUUGAUCAGGAGGAAUUACCAUGGAAUGCCAACACUGUUCUUGGAAGGAUGAAUCCUGCUGCGAGAUCCCGAAGAUUCUUCUGGAAACCUCAAGGAAAUGCAAAGAAUUCCUUCGCUCUCGGUGGCCAUAUAAUCUUCGACAAUAAAACCAGGGGAUUCAAACAGCUACAGUUUGAAAUUUUGCAAAAGAGUCCUUAUGGUGCGUAUAAGAGUGUAUCAUCGUUCCUUCUACGAGCAUCAGAUGUUGCACUAAUAAGCCGCUUAAAUAACUUUGGAACGGAAUUUUUCGAACAGAAAAACUUUACCUACGAGCUGAUCCUUUCUGAGGGAUCCAGAACAGUCUUCUCAACUGUCGCUGAGUAUGAUUUUGAUUCCCUUAAAGCGCAACUUAUACAUUUUUAUCAAGGGCAAACGUUUGACUUACUUGUUCCCCGCGAUUCCUCUCGGUUUGAUAUUUCUUCAAUUAAUCACUUUGACUACUUCUUCCCCACGGAUUCGGGGAAAUAUGCACGAUUUUAUGAUCAAACUCCUCUGGCUAUUGACUUCAAACUCCAAACUAAUUCAAAGACUGAAGGAAAUAAGAAAAUUUAUGGCUUCGUCUUCAGUCUCAAUGCAACGCUGCAGAAUGCUUGGGGAAUGGAGAUUUUUCAACCCAAUCUGAUGGCUUUCCAAGGAACCAGGGAAAGUUCUAACUUCCAUUUUGUCCAGCAAAUUGCCUUGGAUUGCUUCUACGAUCCCAAUAAAAAUGAUUACAGGAAUUGGUACAUUGCCAAGAAUAAAGAUCUAGAUCCUCUCUUAGAAUUAAACUACAGGAAGAAUACUGAAAUUUAUUUGAAUCCCCUAAAGGAGUCCAAUGCAACUAAAAGACAAUCUGCUCCUACUUUUAUCGAAGUAACCGAUGAUAAGAGGAGCACACAUGAAUCAAAAGAAAUUCUUGCAGAAGGACAUUUAUCUGAUCUUGGUAUCUAUUACAACAUGGAGAUCCUACGCUGUCAAGCUCCAAGAAGUGAUUGCUCAUUUUCGCAAUCUCUAUCAGAGAUGAUGAACAGGAAGCCAUUUUCGGAUGCUGUAAGCCACUCACCAGGAGAUUUUCUAGCUUCUCUGAUAACCAGCAUGGCACAGAGCUUCACAACACGUAGCAUUUAUGGUGUUCAAUGGAACGCUCUCAUGCAAUCAAGUAAAGCAUUCGACACAGCAAAGAUAGGCCUACGCAUUCAGAAAGAAACGAAAAUUACAUUCUUUGAGCUGAGCGAUAGAAAGGAUAAGGUUCGUGUGAAUUAUAUGUUCAAUUUGGAUGCAAUGCAAUUUGUUAGGAUCCCAGCAGGAGGCCUAGCAACAGCCCUCUGCAUUGACUUUGAAAUAUACCAACGACAAAUGCCCGAAUGGAAGAUGGAAAUCUUCUAUGGGCACUAUGAAGGGAAGAACAUGAAAUGCCCAAAAUAUCAGACAGAAAUUUACAUUGAAGGAUCAUCGAAUUUCAACGAAGAACAACUUGAGUAUACAAAAAUUAAAUCUCUCACCUACGCCCAGUGUCGUCCUGCUUCAGAAAUCUUACCGUCAGAGGAAGCAGAGAAUACCUAUACGUGUGCCAAAGCUGCCACAAUGUUCAGGGAUAUUGUCAUGUGGGUGCACUACAAGAACAUUCAACCGGAAGCAGCUGACUUCUUCCGCAGCCUGGGCUUUUGGUUGUUCUCCAACUCCAACACUUUUCGCAAAUCCGCCGAAGGAGCUAAAUCCUCCGGGACUUUUGACAUUGGAAUCUACCGUCCGAUGCACUCGGAUGAAGAUUUUGAGAUGACUCUUUCCACUCCGGAGGAUACUUUCACGGUCAAAGGAUCCUCCAAAUGGUUCCUUAUGGAAAAUUCUGCCUUCCAGAGUGUUAAUUCCUUGAUUGAGGAUCUCUUUGCCAGUACAAUUUGUCGCAUUUACCCAGAAGAUCUUCCUCACAAUGCUACCCAUUGGACCCUCGUGGGGCAGAUGAAUGACAAUCAUUUGGUCUUUGCUCAGCGCUUUGGGGAGGAUCAGCUUUCACUGAGAAUUAGCACGCGUAACCAGGAGAUGAAGUUCUUCCCGCGAGAUGAUGAUGUGCAGUACGAUGUGCACGUGAGUGAAAAUGAAAUCGACAGCAUGCCAAUGUCCUAUACAAAGAAUCGCCUCUCAACCAUCUCUGUGGGACACACAAUCUUCAUCCUGGGUCAGUACCUGUGGAGAGGCUACAAUGCAGCAAUUGGCUACAAUGGGAAGAGUAUAUUCGUGAAAGCUUCUCAGCUUGUUUUUUCAAAGAAUUGUGAUUGGGUAUAAAGUUCAGAAUUUUUAAAUGGACGUUGUAUUCAAAUUAAGCUUGCAGUAAAGCUAAAAGCUUCGAAUAGGAGAAAAAAAAUCAAAACUCCAGAGAAGAGCUCUGAUUGGUUGAUAAGUUUGGUUAAUGUGUUUUCAUUGGCUAAACCACUUCGUGAGGUGGAGUCUUGGUGUAAAGCUAAUUUGAACUGCGAAUAAAAAAUUCUUUACGUUAAUAAAAAUGUUCAGUUUGUA